CCAGUGGUAUUUGAUGACGUCGCGGUCUAUUUCUCCCGGGAGGAGUGGGACAUGUUUGCGGAGUGGCAGAAGGAGCUGUACCGGGAGGUGAUGACGGAGAACUAUGAAAUGCUGCUUUCUUUGGGUUACCCGGGCCCCAAGCCUGACCUCUUGUAUCGGCUGGAGCGUGGGGAAGAGCCGUGGGUCCACACCCCGCAGGGCCCCGUGGCGUGGGAGAGCCCCUCUCCGGGCGGCGAUGUCCUGAGUGGUUCCGGGAAGCAGCAGCGCCGGUUAUGGGCCAGCAUCCUCCAGUGCGCCGUGGCAGGGGAGAGACCCGAGAGCAUCGGCCGAGCAGAUGGCAGGGCCAGGAGCAGUUCUGAGGAGCAGCAUCCGGACGACGGGGCUGAGACCCUGCAGCCCUACAGGGUGUUACUCUGGGGAUCAGAAGAGGGAGCUGUCCUGAGCCCUGAGCUGCAAGGGACCUCCCGGAGCUCGUGUGGGUCUCAGAGACCGGAGAGUGAGCUGGGGGCCACGCGGGGGUGUGACCGGUGCUCUAGCAACUCCCCAAAUAUGCGCUCAGGGCCUGAGACGGGAGCGGGGCCGAGCCCGUGCCCGGUGUGUGCCCCGAGAGCCAAUGGCACGGCCCCUCCCGGUGCGCAGGAGAGCAGCGUUCCCAAGAAGGAGAAACCCCACAAGUGCCCGGAGUGCGGGAAAGGCUUCCGGAGGAAGUGGGACCUGACCAAGCACCAGAGAACCCACUCGGGGGAGCGCCCCUACCCCUGCCCGGACUGCAGCAAGAGCUUCAGCCACGUCUCCAACCUCAUCAAGCACCAGCGCAUCCACACCGGGGAGCGGCCCUUCGCCUGCAACCUCUGCGGGCGCAGCUUCACCCUGAAGCAGGUGCUGGUCCGGCACCAGCGCAUCCACACGGGCGAGCGGCCCUUCGCCUGCACCGACUGCGACAAGAGCUUCAAGGACAAGCAGAAGCUGACCAUCCACCAGCGCAUCCACACGGGCGAGCGGCCCUACGUCUGUGCCGACUGCGGCAAGAGCUUCGGGCAGAGCCAGCGGCUCAAGACGCACCGGCGCAUCCACACGGGGGAGAAGCCCUACCUCUGCAGCGACUGCGGCCGGGCCUUCAGCCAGGUCUCCAAUCUGUACACGCACUGGCGCACCCACACGGGCGAGCGCCCCUACCCCUGCACCUACUGCGGCAAGAGCUUCAGCCUGAAGCACGACCUCACCAAGCACCAGCGGGUGCACACGGGCGAGCGCCCCUACCCCUGCACGGACUGCGACAAGAGCUUCAGCCAGAAGCAGGACCUCACCAAGCACCAGCGGGUGCACACGGGCGAGCGCCCUUACCCCUGUGCCCAGUGCGGCAAGAGCUUCAGCAAUGUAUCCAACCUCCUUGCCCACCAACGGACCCACCUGGGGCAGCGGCUCCCAGCAGCCAGCCGGGCCCAGCCCGGCCAGGAAUGAACCAUCAUGGGGGUGCUGCUGUGAGCCGGUCCGGAAAUCGGGGUGGGUGAUGGAACCACGUCACUUGGGCCGUGACCCGCGUUCUGCUCCCCUUCCUGCCAGUGCAAAUCAGGAGCCAGUGUCAGCGGAUGUGCUAAGUGCAGGGGGAGCAGGGCAAAGGGCUAGCCGUGGAUGCUAGAUCAAGCCAUCCCAGCCGACGUGCUGUCUGGCAGCAUCUCCAGGACUGAGAUCCCAUUGGUUUCAACAGCACUUACACCAGGGUCUGAUCCCCGCCCCCGACAUCUCAAGCAAGUGUAAGUUACAGUGGAGUCGCAUCACAGGCACAUUUAACUUAUGUGAUUUUAACUAUAUGCACUCGGCAA